UUAACAACAGAAGGAAAGAACUUCAGACACAAAUGAGGGACGGAAACUAUAAAACGAUGAUGAAUGGUUCUUCAGAUUGUCGUGAAAUACUACAGAUAAUAACCUCAUGCAACAAUAUAGUCAACAAAAAAAGAGAAAAGAGUUCCACUAAUGACUCCUCAUCCUUAUCUAGGGAAGAAAGACGUCGAAGACGUAGGGCUACCCAGAAAUACCGCACUGCACAUGCAACAAGAGAACGAAUAAGGGUGGAGGCUUUCAAUGUGGCAUUUGCUGAGCUUCGAAAACUGCUUCCUACAUUACCUCCAGAUAAGAAACUCAGUAAAAUAGAAAUAUUAAGGCUAGCAAUUUGUUAUAUAGCAUAUCUUAAUCAUGUUCUAGAAGCAUGAUAGUUAUUUCCAAAUAUUUAUUUAUUGAGAAUAUUUUAGUACCUACCAGCAGCGUAUAUAGCCGAUAUUUUCUGGUCGGGGGGAGGUAGGGGCGACACGCUCACCCUAUGGAAUGAUACUUUGGUAUAAUUCACUUUCCUUAAUUAAUAUAUACGACACUGGUACCUACUAGGUAUCUAAAAUAGUUUUAUAAUUAUUUCGGUUCCGAUUCGUGAAGAAUUGGUUCCACUAAUUGUUUGGAGACCACAAAAUUUUCUCCUCUUAGUAUUUCGAAAUGGACAUUUAUUUUAUUUGUUAUUGUAUUUAUUGAAUGAAUAAUGUUGGAAGAAUGGCACGAAGAUUGUAAGGAUUCUCAAGAUGAAUUGCAAAAUAUGAAAGAAAUUAUGUUGUAAACCGAAAUUCUUCUUUUUAUUGCUUCAAUGUUUUAUCCUUUCAUCAUCCCGAGCCAACUGAGGAAUAAAUAUAACAAUGUGGAAUACACAUACCUU